UCGUUCCUUACAGUGAAUAGUUAAAUUGAACAAUAUUGAUAGCGAAAGAAAUACAAUAGAAAGAACAACAAUAAGCAAAAUAAAAUAUAUUUUUGAAUAGAAAAAUUAUUUUUUGUAAUGGAAUAUCAACUAAUUGAAUAUGUAAAACAAAAUCCAGUUUUGUACGAUCGAAAAUACCGGAGUCCUCAGUAUCGAGAAGAGAAGAUAAGCAAAUGGAAUGAAAUUGCAAAGAUUUUGCGUCAAGAUCCAAACCUUGUAAGACUGAAAUGGAAAAGCUUACGCGACACCUACAGACGAAGAUUGUUGCGCAAAGAAGGUGAAGACGAUGAGACACCCACAAAGAAUUGGAAAUAUAACGAACAUUUAAUAUUUUUGAAAGAUCAAUAUACGGACACCGCAGAGGUAAAAAUGGAAGACGACGAGGAGCUACAACUGGAUUUAGAAGAACAGUUAAAGGAAGAAUUUUUACACGAUGAAGAAGACAUUGUUGAGGAAGAUCACACAAUUCCCAAUGAACCUGAUUUUGAGGUUGAAAAUUUUAACCUAAACGAAUAUCUUAAGAAAUUCGAUGUAUCAAACAAUAAUGCCAAUGCAACAAACGUUGAAGAACAAACCAAAAAGAGGAGGCUUGAUAAAGACACUAUUAUAAGUGAAGCUGCCCAGGAAAUGGCUUCACUCUUGCAGUGUGCCAAACAACAUUUUAUACCUCCAUCUGCAACACAAAUAUUUUUCAACUCCUUAGCACUACAGGUUGAGGAGGCCAAUUUGCCGCCAAUUGAUUUAAUGCGUUUACAACAAAGAGUAUUGGAGGCAGUGACGCAGGAAAUUGUUAUGUCACAAGAUGGGGCUACCUAUAUUAUUCAAACGUGAAAUAUUUUAGCUUUUAAAACAUACUUUAUAGUUCACUCGCAAAAAAUUAUAUUAUUUGUUACAACAACGAACAA